UAUUCACAACUCGCGUUUCUUAUGGACCCGCCGGACGGCCCCGACAAGGCGCGUCUGGAAGGUCAGCAGGUCCCUCCCAAAGAGGCGAACCAACCCACCAAAUCAAUUGCUGCUAAAAACUCAUAUGCCAAUACACUCUGUUCAUCCUCAUUUUCUCCCCACAACCAAAACGCCAAGGAGUCCCAGCUGUAUUGUUCAAAGCUUCAGAUUACUAUGGUAUCAUGGCUGCGGAGUGUAAACUCACAAUUGUUGGCGGGUUUCUUAAACCUAGACCCCAAAUUGACAAAAUUCGAUCAAAAUUUAAGGAAUUGGUCACCAUCAAAGGAUCAACAAAGAUCGGGGUUUACGACAAUUUCAAUAUGUUUCUUGAUUUCACAAAUGAGGAGGACUUCAAUGCGGUUUGGUUCAAACGGGUUAUUGAAAUCGAGGGGCAGCAAAUGUGGCUUUAAAAGUGGACGCCGGACUUCCAGAAGAAGACUUGCCGAUAGCUCCGAUGAGGACAACAACAAAUUAAUUGCAUCCCCUACUCUGGAGGAAAUCAAGAAUGCAGUCUUUAGCAUGAGUGCCUCAAGUGCUGCUGGUCCUAAUGGAUACUCAGGUUUAUUUUUUCACAAAUGUUGGGACAUAAUUCAAUAUGAUAUUAUGGAGUAUGUUCAGGAUUUCUUUAGAGGGAAGAACUUGUCUAAGUUCUAUUCACAUACUUGUCUAUUUUUGAUUCCUAAAACAGACUCUCCCUCUAAUUUUUCCGAACUUAGACCCAUAAGUUUGAGCAAUUUCACUUGUAAAAUUCUUUCUAAUAGACUUAACCCUCUGUUGGAAAGACUCAUUUCUGAAAAUCCAAGUGGUUUUAUCAAAGGAAGAUUAAUCAAUGAAAAUGUUUUGUUAACUCAAGAAAUUGCUCAUGGCAUUAAACAAUAUAAUAAAGGUGGGAAUGUUAUCAUGAAACUUAAUAUGGCAAAGGCUUAUGAUAAAAUGUCUUGGUACUUCUUAAUGAGUGUCAUGAAACAAUUUGGUUUUUCUAGAAUCUGGUUAGACAUGAUCUGGAGGAUCAUUGCUAAUGUGUGGUAUUCCAUACUUAUCAAUGGCAAUAGAGUAGGCUUCUUCAGCUCUUCACAUGCUCUUAAGCAGGGAGACCCUCUGUCCCCUUCUCUUUUUAUAAUUGGCUCUGAGUUGCUCUCUAGAAUGUUAAAUAGUCUUAAUUCUCAUGAGCAUUUUACUCCUUUUAGCAUGAUUCUCAAUGGGCCUAUCAUUAAUCAUCUUGCUUUUACAGACAACAUAGUAAUUUUCAGUGGGGGAAACAACAAAUCUAUUACGCUCAUUAAGCAUCAAAUCAGGAGGAAUGCACAUAGUGACACCAUGUAUCAUGUUUUAGGGGAGGGAGAAGUAGCAAGGAAGCUAUGGAGCAUUAUGGGAAACCCAUUGGGAAUCCAACAUAAAAAUCAACCUAUGGCCAAUAUUUUCAGUGAUUGGUGGGGAACAAAAUCAGAAAAUGACAUGCACAAGACUAUCUUAAAGAUUAUCCCUACUAUUAUUUGUUGGGAGAUUUGGAAGCAAUGGUGUGCGUGUAAAUUUGGAGGCCAAAGAUACCUCCAAACAAACAAGAUGUGUUAUCAAGCCAUAGGUACUAUAAAAUCUAUUUUGGCUAAUACUUUUCAGAAUUUCAAUAGAAGCAACCACUGGCCAGCAUUCUGCCUUGAAGUAUAAGCGGCUCAGACCAGUUCAGAGACUGAAGCAAUUAGCAUGGAGUUAUCCUCAAAACGGCAUCAUAAAAUUCAACACUGACAGUAGUUAUCUACAUGAGAAUGUAAGGGCAGGCAUUGGGGGAAUCAUCAGGAAUUGCCAGGGAGACUUGAUCAUGGCAUUCUCGUUCCCUGUUGAGUGUAAAAGUAGCAACAUGGCUGAGGCCAUGGCAGUCGAGUUUGGUGUAAAAUGGUGUGAUUGGCAUGGGUACAAAAUUUCUUGAACUUGACUCCAUCAACAUUAUCAAAAACAGUGCAAAUACAAAUUAAACAUUGCUUCAGAGAAGGAAACCAAGUUGCAGACUAUUUAGCUAAGUGGGCUUCUACUUCUCACCAGAUGCUCAUCACUCAAUUCUAUUCCAGUCUCCCUAGACAAGCUAAAGGUCUCUUUCUACUAGACAAAUGGCAAAUGCCUAGUAUUA